UUCUAAAUCACCUAUCUAUCAGGAUGACAUUGCGAGGGGCUUCCUUCUCGAGGAUCCACACCUCUGACGGAUUGGAUUGUCCUGUAUUUGAGCAGCAUACGGAUAUGUAUUUUUGUAUUGCAAGGUGAAACUGAAAAGCCACGGAAACUAGAUAUCUGAUUCGCCGCACCUGGGAAGAAGGGUCGAUCACAAGAAUGGGAACUAUUUGUGCGCGAAAGCAAAAGUAGAGGCAAAUUGCAUUGCGUAAAGAAAAUGAAAGCUUGCUUUUUGGUGCACAUUGUGAAGAACAUUAAGGUACUGUGCAACCGUACCGAACCUGUCUGAUCUUUUACCGCGGCUUUAAUUAGCGCUUUCCCACCUCGUCCUCGUCAAACGACCACCGGCUUUCACUUUUCACCGGAGGACAAGGAGCAUCGCUGUGGAAAGGUGAAUGGAGCUCCAAAAUCUGCAGUGCUGUCAGUCCUGGCUCUGAGACCCAGAUACUCUCAUGUUCCUGGGCCAAUGCAUCGAGUCUCUGCUCUCUGCUAGCCUGUCCACAUGUAGCAGCCCGAGUCUACAGCUAUCCGCCAGUGGAGCCUCCAUGAGCAUCUCCAGCCAUUUCACGCUUCUCAGAUAGAGUUCCCCCGAGAGAUGGAGUGGCUGAUCUUCUCCCUGCUGAUGCUGGCUGUGUGUGCGUCGGGACAGCUUUGCCCCAAGCGUUGCAUGUGCCAGAACCUGUCACCAUCUCUAACUAUCCUCUGUGCCAAGACCGGCCUGCUUUUUGUGCCAACAGUCAUUGACCGGCGUACAGUAGAGCUUCGUCUCACCGAAAACUUCAUCACGGCAUUAAGGAGGAGAGACUUCGCAAACAUGUCAAGUCUCCUGCACCUGACGCUGUCCCGCAAUACCAUCAGUCAGAUUAUGCCUUACACUUUUGCCGAUCUUAAGCGGCUGCGUGCAUUGCAUCUAGACAGUAACCGUCUAAGCGUCAUCAUGGACGACCACUUCCGGGGACUCACCAACCUUCGGCACCUUAUCCUUGCCAACAAUCAACUGCACAACAUCUCCCCACAUGCGUUUGAUGACUUUCUGGGGACUCUCGAGGACCUGGAUCUCUCAUACAAUAACCUGGUGGAUAUUCCGUGGGAGACUAUAGGACACCUCACCAAUGUGAACACUCUUAACAUGGACCAUAACCUCAUAGAGCACGUGCCUCUAGGAGUCUUUUCAAACCUACACAAACUAGCCCGUCUGGAUAUGACAUCCAAUAAGCUAAAGAAAAUACCCCCCGACCCCUUGUUCCUUAGGAUACCGGUUUAUGCCAAGUCAAAAGGGUCACCCCUUUCCUCCCUUGUCCUAAGUUUUGGAGGGAACCCACUGCAUUGUAACUGUGAGCUACUCUGGCUAAGGAGGCUAACAAGAGAGGAUGACCUGGAAACUUGCGCGUCACCUCCCGACCUUACGGCAAAGUACUUCUGGACCAUCCCAGAGGAGGAGUUCAUAUGUGAUCCACCUGUUAUUACAAGGAAAUCUCCCAAAACCUUUGCCAUGGAAGGCCAACCCACCAGUCUGAAAUGCAAGGCCAAUGGAGACCCAGACCCAGAUGUUCACUGGAUCUCCCCAGAGGGCCGUCUAAUUGCCAACACCUCCCGUACUUUAAGUUUUAGCAAUGGGAGCUUGGAGAUCAACAUCACUUCAUUGAAGGAUACAGGAGUCUUCACCUGCAUUGCGUCUAAUGCCGCGGGGGAGUCUACAGGCACGGUGGAGUUGGUGGUCAACCCACUGCCGCACUUAGCUAACAGCACUAACCGAAUCAGAGAACCUGAUCCAGGACCAUCUGAUAUUCUAACCUCUGCAAAGUCAACUUCAUCCAUAAGCAAUGAGACCAGGUCUCAGGAGAGGAAGGUGGUACUUGCUGAGCUUACGGCAAAUUCUGCACUCAUCAGGUGGCCUUCGCAACAACAUUUCCCUGGAAUCAGGAUGUAUCAGAUUCAGUAUAACAGCUCGGCAGAUGACACUUUGGUCUACAGGUAA